AAUAAAGAGCAAUUGAGCAUGUGCAGAGCAGGACUCCUCAAUCUUGGUCGCCCUCAUGGAUAGGAUCUGCACCCACUACCGAAUUGUACCAUCCUCAUACAUGUUGACACUGGAUUUUAUAAAGCCUAAUUUUUACCAGCAAGCACAGCCUAUAUAUUGUAAUUAUAAUAUAUAAAUCUAUGUAUCAGGGGCGGACUGACAACUCACGGGGCCCCCAGGCAAUGGGGGAUCAUGGGGCCCCUGUGUCCUUGCCCAAACUCAAAAAAGCCUAU